GCAGAGAUGCCCCUGACAGUGCCCUGCCCGGGGAGGUGUUUGCGGGCAGAGAAAACCAUACCCAGAGGCAGCUGAUGUCCAACAGCAGCUCCAUCACCCAGUUCCUACUCCUGGAGCUCGCAGACAGGCGGGAGCUGCAGCCCUUGCACUUCGGGCUCUUCCUGGGCAUCUACCUGGCUGCCCUCCUGGGCAACGGCCUCAUCAUCACCGCCAUAACCUGCGACCACCACCUCCACACCCCCAUGUACUUCUUUCUCCUCAAUCUCUCCCUCCUCAACCUGUGCUCCAUCUCCACCACUCUCCCCAAAGCCAUGGCCAGUUCCCUCUGGGACACCAGGGACAUCUCCUACUCAGGGUGUGCUGCACAGCUCUUUCUGCUUGUAUUUUUCCUUGGAGCAGAAUGUUUUCUUCUCACUGUCAUGGCCUAUGACCGCUACGUUGCCAUCUGCAAGCCCCUGCACUACGGGACGCUCCUGGGCAGCAGAGCUUGUGCCCACAUGGCAGGCAGCUGCCUGGGGCGGGAACUUGGGCUUCUUGAUUUUACCUUUUUUUUAGCAUUUGGCUGUUUUGUGUUCGUCGUGGUGUCCUAUGUGCAGAUCUUCAUGGCUGUGCUGAGGAUCCCCUCUGAGCAGGGACGCCACAAAUCCUUUUCCACAUGCCUCCCUCACCUGGCCGUCGUCGCCCUGUUUGUCAGCACUGGCAUGUUUGCCCACCUGAAGCCCACCUCCAUCUCCUCCCCAUCCCUGGACCUGGUGGUGGCAGUUCUGUAUGCAUUGGUACCGCCAGCAGUGAACCCCCUCAUCUACAGCAUGAAGAACAAGGAGCUCAAGAAUGCCCUGCAGAACCUGAUUUUAGAAGUAGGAUUUCAGCAGCAAUAA